AUGUGUGGCGGUGUGAUCCUUGCCGAGCUCAUACCGAGCGCGACGGCCGGCGGCAAGGGCCGGAAGCGGGUCCCCGCCGCGGCGGCCAAGGACGACGACUUCGAGGCCGCCUUCCGGGAGUUCGACGAGGACUCCGACGAAGAGGUCGUGCUGGUGACGGAGCGCAAGGCGUUCGCGUUCGGCGCCGCUGCCGGGGCCCGGCGCAGCAGGCGGCCGAGCCAGUACCACGGCGUCCGGCGCCGUCCGUGGGGCAAGUGGGCGGCCGAGGUCCGCGACCCCGUCAAGGGCGUCCGCGUCUGGCUCGGCACCUUCGCCACCGCCGAGGCCGCCGCGCGCGCCUAUGACGACGCGGCGCGCGACCUCCGCGGCGCCGGCGCCAAGCUCAACUUCCCGACGUCGUCCUCCGCCACGGCGCGCACCAGCGAGCGCCGCGCCGCCAAGGCGGCGCCGUACGUCAACCUCGUCGACGGAGACGAUGUUCCUGACGCGGCGCACGCGCCGUCGGUCAAGUGCGAGGCGGAGACCAGCGACAGUGUCUCCGACGCCAGCGGCUGCAGCACCCUGCCGGACUUCUCGUGGCAGGGCAUGUCCGCGACCGACGACGGCGCGACGUGGCCUGCUGCUGGCUUCCACGUCGAGCUCGGCGGCGGACCCCAGGAACCCGAGGAGGAGGAAAUGGCGCCUCCACCGGCGGCGUCCGAGGAAUCCGCCGACAUGCUGUUGGACGCUUUCAUGUUCGGCGACCAGUUCAGCUUCUUCAACGGCGGCGCGUACGAGUCUCUGGACGGCCUGUUCGGCGGCGACGCGUCGCUGUCGCUGGGCAACGAGGGCGUGGGGCUCUGGAGCUUCGACGACACCAAGAAGAAGAAGAAGGGUGCUGUAUCGCUGGCGGCUCUCCUCCUCCUCGUCCUCUCUGGUGUCUCUGUUGCAUCAUCCGUGCGCCGCCGCCGCAGGUGCUACCGCAUCAACAAAGACGGCAUCAAAGUACCAGCAGGCUACGGCAGCAAAUACGAAACCUAUGUCGUGUCCCUCCGGAAGCCCCCCAACGCCGACGCCAUGGACGACGGUGCGUGGCGUCGCUGGUACGAGUCGUUCCUGCCAACAAGCACCGACUUCAUGGACGAUGAUGGGUGGCAUCACUUGCACAAGUCGUUCCUCACCGACUCCAUGGACGACGAGCCACGUUUCUUCAACUGCUACAUGGGUCACGACGACACUUGCUUCCUCCUCGUAGGGCUGACCGGGGUCGAGCCCUUGGUGGUGGCCAACAAGCCAGGAGUCCUGAGCAAGUGA